GGGCGCUGCAGGUGGAAAACCACGGACCCGGCUCCCCAGGGCCGGGCUUUGGGAUGACGCCAUCAGCCUGCGCCUCGGUGUUUGUCGGUGUAAAGUUUUUUUUGAGUUUCUAAUUUGCAGGCGAAAGAAAAUUCAACGCUUGACCGCAGAGGGGGAGAAGCCAAUGAAUUCACGGAGGCUGCUGGAAUCAGGAUGAGAUUUGCAGGUGAAAGAUGCCAAAGUUGGGAAACGCAACAUUUCUGCACUUUGGGCACUCGAUGUUGUCAGACACUUUCACAGGCUCCUGUCAGCAAGUGGUUUGAGGAGAGCUCCAGGAUAUCUUUGUUCUCCUGCUGAUUUUCCUCAGUGAUAUAGGAAAAAUAAUACUUCAGAAUACAAUAUGAAACCUGCUUAUGAGCGAAAUCAAGAAUGCCUGCCACCAAAGAAAAGAGAACUUCUACAGAAUAGUACUGGAGGUGAGGAGGUCUUAAAAAAUAAUACUUUGCCAACCAAUAUUACUACUGUGAGUGAUGCUGAUUGGUCGAAAAGUGCUGCUGAAGAGAAUCAAACAACACUGAGAUAUGGAGUCAGAGCUGAUAAUGGUGAAAGCUCACCUGGAGUUGCAGUGGAUCAGUAUAGUAUGAUGUACAAAUUGGCUGUACCUUCGGCAAGCUAUUCAUUAAAUGCUCAAAAUUCAUUGGUGAACAUGGGGCAUCUCUCACCAGGUUACAGCAUUGCAUCUCCGCUUCUUCAGCACCACGGGGUUCCAUAUAUGCCUGUUCAUUACACCCAGCUACCCCAUGCUUCACUUCAAUUUGUAGGAGCUCCAUAUACGAUACCAUAUGUGUCUCAUGGGAUUCUGCCAAAUCCACUAAUUUCUUCUACCAUGGGCAUUCCCACUUCUCAUUUUUCCCAUCUUGUCUCGUAUCCUUCCGUGAUGGCUGAGGCUGUUACUCCUCCUCCACAGGCAACUUCUCCUAUAGAAACAUAUAGUAAAGCCACUGGUUCUCCUAUACAAAAUUUGACUUCACAAGGACCGCUGGCUCACCUAUCCACAGCAGAACUGUCGCAAGGUAUGGCCCAUGGUAGGGUUCAUUUUCAACCCUCGAUGUUAACGCCAUCAUAUGCAUCAUUGACUACAGCAGUACCGAAUCUAGAUAUGUCUCAUGAAAAUAGAUAUAGCUUUCAGGUGGCAAAAGACAAAGAAAUUGCUGAAACUGUAUUGGAAGUCUCAACAAACCGAGGUGAAGGAGCUUCAAACCAUCAAAAUUUUGAGAAACGGCCACGACAAGAAAGAUUUAUAGAACUCCAGGCACCCCAUAAUGUUGGCAGAAAAGAAGUGCAGUUACCUUCCUCACCAAGUGAGAAAGCUAGAGGCAGCCCCCAUUUUCCUUCUCAUAGGGAACCAAGGAAUGAGGUUAUCUCUCCAGCACAAAGGAGUACACCGGACACAGACCUAGAAGUUCAGCAAGUAGUUGGGAGUUUGAGUGCUCAAGGAUCUCAGGGUCCUGUAGUUGUUAGAAAAGAAGUCUUAAGUAAUGUGAAAGUUUCACAGAAUUCAGUCAAAAGUCAAGAGCAAUUAAGACACCAUUUGCAAAUCAAUCCAGGUAAGAACUUUGCAGAGUUUUGUUCUAGUGAAGAUUUACCACAAUCUCCAUAUCUGCCUGCUCAACAGCAUGUUACCCCAGGACUCAAAAGGCAAAUGCUGGAUGACCAACGUGGGCACUUGCAUAAGACAAUGGUAUUAGCCAAUGGGCAGCCAGUAUUAAUGCCUGUUGAUGCCCCUGUUAUUGCGAAUUCCUUGGUUAAUACAGCUGCUGUAACUACGGAAUCUAUAAUUCAAAGGCCUCUUGAUGCACAAACAAGUGUUUGUACAGUGGUUCCACUUCCAGCAUCACAGCCCACUGUACCAGUUCUUCAGCCUGUCCUUGUCCAGCAGUCCCCAACUGCUCAUAUUCCUUCACACUUUAUGAAAGGUGCCAUCAUCCAGUUAGCGAAUGGGGAGCUGAAACGUGUAGAAGACUUGCAAGCGCAGGACUUUGUGCAUAGCGCAGAAAUUAGUACUGGGUUAAAAAUUGACUCCAGCACACUGAUGGACGUUGAGGAGAGCCAACGAGCCGGCUAUGUCACCCUCCAUUUCUCUGUAGGAGAACCUAAAUCAAAGGUGAGUGUAGAGGUCCCUCCAGAGCACCCAUUCUUUGUAUUUGGCCAGGGUUGGUCCUCUUGUAACCCAGAACGCACUGCGCACCUCUUUGGACUUUCAUGUCAAAGGCUUACAGUGGGUAAUAUCUGUAUAUCACUCAGCGCGCAAACUUCUGGCAGGAGCUCUACCCAGCCAGCAUCUUCAAUCAAUACCAUUUCAGCUCUUGAGUCAAGGACUGUGGUAACAUCAGAAGGUGUCUUAGCUCCUCCAGAGGUUUCAGUCCACAUAAAUAGAAACUCUGAGAUUAGAAAUUAUUCUAAAGACUCGGUCAUGCAGCAUUUGCACACGGAUUCUGAAAGCACCGGCAUUCCCAGCCACCCAGAUUACCAGUGUCGCUGGUCCUCUCCAGUUUUCCAAAGAGAGAGUUUUCAGUCAGAGGAGACAAAGAUUUCCACCCGACCAUCCUUCAUAUCACAGGAAGUCAAACUUUCAAUAGAAGGACGUUCAAACGCUGGAAAGUAACUUACGAAACCUGAGAAAUUUAAAUUAAGACAGUUUCAUACCACCUAAGACAGUGUUUGACCAGUUAUAUUAAUGUAUUGAAAUGUACUUAUGAAAUUUUAUGCAAAUAAUUUGUGGCAUAAAAGAGCUUGGAUCUGCCUUUGAAGCAUUAGUAGCAACGAAGUGUGUGACAGGAUGAUUUGUUUUUAAUAAUGAGGAUGCUCUUAGCAGCUCAUAUUUUUGAAGAGCAGUUGAGCUGAUCUGAUACUGCAAACCUUUUACAACUUAAGAAAUACCCAGUAAAUUCUGUAUUAUGUUCCAUGCAGUGCAUGUUUUUUUCUGGAUUUGGUGAUCCUGUAUGAACGAAUGAAAAAUUAAACUCUUGAAGUUCUUGCAGCAAAAAUUUGUAUAUAUCCUUGAAAUAUAUUAAAUAAUACAAAUUAAUUUUCAUUUCCCCAUUUGAGAAACUUGGACUUUUACUUCAUUCACAACAAAGCAAAUUUGAUAUUAUGUUAAAUAUAUUAUUGAUUUGAUGAAAAUAAUCACUUAAAGACAAUUGUUAAUGUCAUUUCAAGAUGGUUAGUUAUUUAUGUAGAAGUAUUUGGGAAAACACAAUCAUAAUCACAAAAACCAAGGAAUGAUGAAAAAGUAUGCUGGUUAACAAAAUUUUUAUGCUGGUGGAAAGACAUGGGGUCCAUCCACUUAUGUGAAGUCUGACCUUGUAUUUAUUGGUCAUCUUAGUUUUCAGAGAUUUGCUUCAAUACAUUUUUCUUACCCACAUAUAGCACAAAUGUUAUUAAAUAUAAAUUUUUGGUUUUAAAAUACCAAAAGGGCCCAUCACUAUUCUCUAUAGUGAGGUGUGUCCUAGUUAUUUAAGUGAGUGAACAAAAGAUUUGCUGUGCAUGGUCCAGUUUCCAUUAAAGUCCAAUGGACAAAUUUUAAUUUUCACAGUACAGGAAGUUGACCUGUGUAACCUGUUAACACUUGUGGUCAAAUAAUGUAUUGAUUUUCUUAUUCUUAAAUUUAAGCUAUUUAAAGUAAUUUAAAUGGUUAUGAUACAUAAACACAAUCAAAAAAGGUAAGUAGAUAUUAAGAACAUUAUUUUGCAACUUUUAAAGAAAAUCGAACUAUUGAGUACUCGUGUUUUAAGGUGCUUGUGUGUUUCUGUACUAAAUUAGUCUAAAUUACAGCCUAAAUAGAGUAGCUCAAAUGCUUGUAUGUGAGCAACCACGGUACCAAAAGCUGAAUUAUUCUGCUGUGUAUUGUUACUGAUGUUUAGAGUUAUUCCCAAAUAAGUAUGAUGUCUUGUGAUAACGAAUGUUUCAAAUCUGUACACAAGUUGUACUUGCAUUUAAUUGGACUUUAAAUUCCAUUUAAUAGAGUGUUCUUGAGGUGCAGCAGUAGUUUAAUUGUUUUGAACAGAAAUGAGAAAGUGAGCAAAACUGAGAUAUAAUUGGGUGCAUGAUGUUGUUCCAUGAGUGGCAGGUUUUAUUGGAUUGAUGCAAAACACACAACUAAUGUAAUCCUUCCAACCACUUGACAUAUAUAUAGUAGUGGUUAGAUAAAAGACUGAUUAAAUUGUAUUGUAGUGUACUCUUGAUAUACUGCUUCCCUUGCUGCAUGAUGCUCAAGUUCUAUAUGUGCAUUUGUUUUAGCAAAGUAUUUAAUUUUGGAUUUUUUUUGUGCCUAGUUCGGUUUCAUGGUUUAUUUAAUAAAAAAUAAAUUUGUUAUGGUCUUUGGAUAAGUUAGCUGAACCGAUUGGCUGAAAUUCAGUUGUAGUGAGGAUAGACUUCAAUGUUUUUUUUGCCACUGCUGUUUAUAGGUUGCUGCCAUUGGAAAAACAAAGUAGGAAGUUGCAAUUAAUAGAUGAACUGUAAAAUAAUUUUAUUUUUGAAAUGAUGGAUAAAGAGAUAUUGAGAAAAAGAUGAAAAGUAACUGAGGAAUUUUGGAGUAUUCUACUUCUGGGAAUAGUUGGUGCACUACUAUGAAAAUUAGUUUAUCCUGUUGCCAAUCAAGGAUCCCAGAGCACAAGACUAAUUACACAUUUAUGAAGGUGAUAUGAAAGAAUAUUAGAAUUAGAACUAGUGCUAAAAUAUGUUCUUAUUUACCGUAGUUUGCCUAUAUUUUAUUUUAAACAUUUUGACACCUAGCACUUUUUAUAUAAUUGACAGUGCUGAUGCCUUAAGCAUCAUUCCAUACCAGCUUAUUAACUAAACUGCCCAAUGUACUUUCUGAUGUUGCUGUGCAUACCGAUGAUCUUUUUGCAUGACAUUAACUUGUGUUUAUGCACUUUGAGUUUAAAUUUAAAAUGUAAUCUCCCAUGACCUUAAACUAACAUCAGUUUAGCUGAAAAUUUUUCAAGAAAAAAAACUAGAUUUUCAUAGUUCAAUAUGCAUUUAAUAACAGAUUUUUAAAUAUAAUAUUGAGAAACCUAUGCACAUAUUUUUCAUGUUCAUCUGAUUAAUUGUGGUUAUUUUACUUAUUUUGUGAAACUAUUAUAUUUGAUCAGUGGCGUCAGAAACUGAACGCAUUCCAACUGGGGAUUGGACUUGUAAAGGUUCAUGCUUGUAGCUGUGAAAAAUCAUUAAUAUUUGCACAACAUAUUGGACACAUCAGAGUUGGCUUUUGCAUUUUAAAUUAACUAUCGCAUCUCCAGUAACCUUGAUGCAGCCCUGCCCCUAUUCCACCUCCUAAAUUCCUAAUUUAGAAUGCAACAUAAUCUGAACCAUGAGUGUUUUAGCACACAUUUAUUCAAAAGCAUUUACGUAUGUGAAUGGCUGCAGUAUUUUUGCAGCAAAAGAAUCUUUAAAUCCAAGAUGUGGCAUAUUUAGUAGCAGACUAGAAAUUGAGUCUAAUUAUGCUCAUGGGGGAAUGAAAGCCCUUUGUCAACUGUGAUACUUGGAGUCACUUUUGUGAACAUUUUAAUUUUAGUGUUGUCACUGGAAGUAAAUGACUGCCCAGAUCAUGUAGUAUUUGUAUCUCAAACUGCAUUUCCAAUUUGUAUAGGAAUUGCAUGUGCUAAAAACUGACAUGGGGAGGAUAUAAAAGGGAAAUAUAAAAGUUUAAGAAUUAUACCAAAGUCAAAAAUUUAAGCAGUUUGUUAUGGUAUAGUAAAUUUCAAAAUUUUACUUAUGUAAACUACCACUGGGUGCAAAAGUUUAAAAAAAAACUGCUGUAACCAAAUUCCACAUUAAAAAUUCCCUUAUGUCUACAUUAGAAACUAAGUUUUUCGCAUUGUUCACCUGCAACAAAAACAUUUAAUAUUUUAGGAACUCAGGCCUUACUCAUAUACAGCAUUAAUUCUGACUGCCUUCAUUAUUUAAAAAUAAUUUUUCAGAUGCUUUUCAAAAUAAAAUUCUAUUUCAACUUCGCAUUAUUUUCAUUUGAUUUAACAAUUUUUCAGAAUUGAAUUCUUGGUUGUUGACUUGAUUUCUAUCAACCUUUUGGGCCCUAUCUAAUAAGUGAAUUCUAAUCAGGACAUAAGGGUGUUUUAAUUUGUUUGCAACUUGUUGCUUGGAAUGGUGCAUUUUCUUUUUGCAGGUUAUUUACAUUGAGAUGUACAGAAAGUUCUUUUAUGCUAGAACAUUUUAUCAAAUUAUCAAAAGUGCAAAUAGAAACAAUUGGUAAGUCUUACCUUAAUAACAUUCUGUUGGUUGUAUAUUGUAUUUUAAUGUUUGACAAAUGUUAGUUUUAUAUGUUUGUGAUAAAGGAAAUUUUUAAUGCAUGGAAAUUUCAGCCUAUUCGAUAAAGGAGGUAAUCCUAUUUAACCUCCUAUUUAGGGAAUUUUGUUACAACCUUCUGUUGGUAUCUGUUUAUCAGGAUGGUCGGCACUUACAUUUGAAGUUGACAGUAUCCCUUUUGAUGAGCAAACCUUGCUGAAUUCCAAAACUACCCAUCCAAAAGUUUGUAGUGUUUACUGACAUUUGCAGUAAAUUUUGUAUAUCUUAAAAUGUUCAAAAAAUGUGUACAUUAGUUUACAACAUGAAAUUUCAUUCCAAGUAUUAAAUGUAACUUUUUAAACCUAUUUACAUUAAUUACCUAAUGGAUCAUAAGGCAAUUUAUUCCCUUUGGAAAACUGGCCAUCUGUUUCCUGGUAUAUCAUAACAUUUUUUUUAAUGUGUAAAGAAUAUAAAGAUAACACUAAGCAAUUUUUGGUUUAAGAUUUCUCGGAAGGGAUGCUGACAGGUUUUAUUUGUAGUUUUUAACUUGUCUGUGCAGGUCAACGGAAGGAAAAUUCUGUAAAUCAUGAAGUAAAAUAGCUUAAGAUAUAUUGAUCAUCUUGUAACAUUGUUAGUCAAUAUAUACACAAGUGCAGUAGAGUUAAAUUAUUGCAAUUCUUCAUUGAUGUUUCUCUGGAAUAUGAUUAGCUGAGACAACCUAUACAUGCAGACAAUGUAACAUAUUUUGAGAUGGGGAGAAAGGAAGGAACUUUUUUUAAUUCAAAAAUUAGGUUUUGCAGUUGACCAAUAACCUUAGUAUUUAUUCCUCAAAUAUGAGAUUUGUGCUUAUUAUUCACUGUUAGCUUUCCAAGAACUGAAUUCCAUUUGCAUCUUCUAAGAUUUGCACAUAUUCUAUUCUACAAUGUCUGCAGUGGUAAGUGUAACAUUUAAACACUGUAGAGUUUGCAAUUAUGUUCACACUAUUACUGAAACUUUUUUUAAUUAAAGUCCUAAGUAAGUUGAAGCAUUAAAAUAGAAAAAGCUGGAAAUAAUUACCAGGUCAGACAGAUUUUCUGGAUAGAGAAACAACUUUUAAAAGGAAAAUAUUGAAAAUGCUGGAAAUCGUCAAUAAAACAGGAAAUGCAAGCAGUCAGGCAGAACCCAGUGAAUGGUCAUCAGCCUGAAAUGUUAUGUCUGUUUCUCCAUCCACUGAUGCAGCCUGACCUACUAAGAAUUUCCAGCAUAUUUGGUUUCCUUUAAUAUUUCAGUUGAUCUUUGGUCAGAAUGUUAAUAUUCUACAGAUGCUGCCUGACUUGCUGAAUCAUUUUGAUUUUUUUUUGUUGUUACUUCAGUUUUACAUCAGCUGCCAGAUUUUGCUCUUCGUAAUUAAGUUACAUCCCAUACACAACCCAUUGCAGGCAUGCAUUCAAACAACAGGAUUUCAGUAUGUUUUAUUACUGUUGAGAUAAAAUAUAAAAAAACAUACAGCUGGACAGCCAUAGUUUCAUUCAAAAUAAAAUCUUUGCUCACUUUUGUCACAUGCACAUACAUACAGAUGAUGUAGGUAAUAUCACAAAUGUACAAAUAGUGAUGCAUUUCAAUUCAAAUAUCACAAUACAGAAAUUGCUUCAGCUUUAUCAGUUUGUUCAUGGAUGUUGUAUACCCUUGGUGAAUUAAGUGCUCUUUUCUGGUUGUUGGAUUUGAUCAAUACCUGUAUCAAUAUUAUGACACUUCAAGUGAUCUUCCACACAGUAAUAUGUAUAUUAAGAAGAUAUUCCUUUCAUUAUUAGUGUUUUCUGAGUAUUAUGGGAAUUGUUAUAAUUUGUUUUAACUUAUAAUGCAUGAUGGGGAGAUGGCACAAAUGUUGAACUUGUGUAAAUUUAAUCAAUUUUAAUUAAUGUUUCACACAGAUAUUUGACAAGCAUUUAAGUUGCAGAUGUCAUUGUAGAAGGUUUGAAAGUUUUUAGCCGAUUCCAAAGCCUAACAAUUUUUUUUCCUGUUAGUUUAUCCAAAACCAAUUAAAUAAUUGAUCUUGCAUUGUGUUUGGAAAGCAAAAAUUGGUCUGUGAUUUUCUUGUAUCAUUUUGCAUUAGUUUAUCUUUAGAAAUGGUCAGAGUGAAAGUUCUGCAAAAGCCAAUAAAUAGAGCUUCAGUCUCAUUUUGGAAUAUUGCUCUAGCUACAUAGGUAUUGGUCAUAUCUUAAUGUUAGAAUCACUGCAUUCCUAACAGCAUCCUUGAAAGCAUUAAUCUAUAUUUUGUUGUGUUUUUGUAACCAUUUUUUCUAGAAAAAAGACUAAAACUUUUAGAUUUGUAUUUUUGUGACCUUUUAUGCUGUUUACUGUUAAUUUUGUGUACUGCAAAAGAAAAUGUAUUUUUAUGUCAAGUCUAACCUCUGUAUUGCAUUAAUUUGUUGGUAUGUAAACACUGCAUAAUAUAAACUCUACAUUUUACUUUUGUCUCAGGAUGAUUAUUGAGUGGCUCAAUAACUGCACACAAUCAUUACUUAUGACAUUAAUCUCCUGUAAAUUCACUUAAAUAAAAUUUUGUCCUUCAGCCAUUAUCAUUGUCUGAAUUAUGGGUGUCAAAUGAGUCAGUUUUCUUUAUACAUGUGCAUCUAUUUUCCUUUCCAUCAUUAUCUUCUAACUUCAUUAUUUACAUUGAU